AUGAGCGGAUUACGGUUGGGAGUGGACAUCGGAUUCAAGAAGAUCUCGAUUGCACUGUACGAGAAUGGUGUACCGCGUGUGCUGCACAGUUUUCCCUCCGUGGCGGCCUGCAGCAAGGAUCACAGAGAAUGGCAUUUCGGUAUGGACGCGCGCAGCUUCCAAGCGGACACCAAUUACCGUUAUAUGGGUAGUGUUAAACUUAUACUGUUGGAGCACGGCUACAGAGAGAAGAAUUCGCUUGUAUCGUUGCUGUUGGAAGGACUCUUUACUCACAUUAAGAUGAUUGGGGAAACUGAACGGAAGCAGUGCCUUCAAGGCGUCGUUGUGGUUUUAUCGCACUGUCUCGACACGUUCCAUGUCGUCCGUCAAGAGGUGAUCGAAGCCUGGCAGAAGAAUGGCGUACCGGAUGUCUUCUGCAUCUCUGAUGUAUCGGCCAUUCUGCUGGCUUACACCGUGCAGACACUGGACCGGCAAUCCCUCAGCACGAGCAAGACUGGACCGGUUAGUCUCUUAGUCUGCAAUGCAGAUGCCGAGCACUGCCGGGUGGACGUCUUCGAAGUGAUCAAUAACGAUCUCGUCGUCAAAUUCCUGAGUAAUCAUUGUGUUCUGUGGAACUGUUUCGGUGAACUGCGGCGGCGUGGUGUAGUCGCUGUCCAUCAGCAGUUGAAGGGCGUUGGGAUGCCCGAGUUGGAUCAACGUUCGUGGGCGCAGCUGGAGCAAGAAUGCUUGGAACAAAUGUCUCUGUUUAACGAUCCCCGGACUGACAAAGUGGCCAUACGCGCCCCCGUUCAUACGUAUUUGGUUACUUACACGCGGGAGACGUACCAUGCGGCGGUGGAACCAAUCAUCCAGUUCAUCCGAACGCAUGUCGUGACGGAGUUAACGAGGAUCGGCAUAAUUGACGCAAAUACCGGUAACAUUAGCGGAAAAGUGGAACUGCUGUUGGUGGGCGAGAAUUCCCGCUUGGGACUGUUGCGGAGCGCGCUGGAGAGUGUCACGAAGAGCCAGGUGAUUGCCGGAGUGGCGAGUUAUGUGGACGAUGCAGAGGCCUUUGGUGCGGCGAUCGCCAGCAGUCUGUGGGGGAACAACGCAGAUAUCAAUAGAGAAGUUCAGCUCUACCGACUGCAAGAAGGAAUCGCGCUCAGUAUGAGAGUCAUACUAAAGACAUUGCCGGUACGGGACGCUAACCUUAUGGUACAACCGGCACGGGAUGUCUUCAUUAGCAACCGCCGUGAUUUUGUCCUGUCCGGACGAUUGUACAUGGGUGACGGGAAAGAGGUCUUUGGCAUUCUUGAUUGUCGCCUGGUAUUGUCUAUGCAGAAGAUAGGAAACUGCGAAGUGCACUGUUUAAAACUGGAAAACAACUUCAAUGGUCAACCGGUAACGUACAUGCGGAUGUUGUUGGGGAAGGAUGUCUGGAUGCUGUGGCGUACACUGCAGCGUAAAAGAACUGAUCAGACGGUCGUCGAAUGUCAAUAUCUAGGGAUGCAAGUUUCGUUCACGUAUCGAGAUAGCUCUGGCUGUAGUAAUCUUGGAUUUUUUGCGGAUGACGCCAGCACUUAUAAGCCGUUUUUAGAGGAGUACAAAGCCCGGAAACGAGAAAUGUUGAACAUGUUUCCCUCUGCAUCUGACGGGGACAAAUCUCUUCCUGCGUUAGAGUGGCCAUCCGCGUCCUCCUUCGUUGCUCUUGUGUCAGACCAGCUUCCUACCAAGCAUUCCCAUGAAAUUCACAAAAAUCAGCAGCAUCCAAGCAUUGUAACCGUUAAUUGUUCCUCCACGCGGGAUCUCGUUGUCGUGGUCCAGCAGUGCCAAGAAGUAACCGGAAAGCUGCGAGUAAUUGGAAACACUUUCGCAAUCGAACGGCCGCAUAAGAUUCGCCCGGAAUCUACUGAGAGGGAUACAAUUGUUAUUGAACUGACGCCGCAAGACUGUGUUCGUGUUAGCUUUCCAAACGAAGCCACCCGCUGGAGUUUUCUUAAAAAGUGUUAAUUUUUAUAGUGGUAAGCAUACUGCGACUGUAUAGAUUGUUGAAA